AUGGCUCCUCGUAAGCGAGGUUUGAAUGAUGAAGAGAUCUGCAAACUCUUAGAGGAAUUAGAUAAAGAAAAUUAUGCUGAUAGUGAUUCCGAUUGCUCUGAUGAGGAGGAUGACGUAACUGUAAAAACAAUUUUUGGAGAAGAUGAAGAAAUUAAUGUUAUCAAAACCGAUGGAAUACAGCAAGCUUUCACAUGGCGUGAAAUUCAAAAUUUGGACCAUUCGCAAAAGAUAAAUUUUACCGGACAAUCAGGUGUUGCUUCCUCAAUUAUGCCUUUACAGAAUGAAGUUGAUUUUUUUGAUUUAUUCAUUUCUAAAGAGUUACUCCAAUUAAUUUCAACAGAGACUAACCGGUAUUACAAUAACCAAUUAAACUUUCACCCAGAAAAGGAUAAAAGGUCCCAUUCAUCUGAAUGGUAUGAAAUGAAUGCAGACGAGCUCAAGAUAUUUUUUGCUUUAAUUUUGCUAAUGGGCCACAUUGAAAAAGACUGUUUAAAAGACUAUUGGUCUACUGACGAGUUAAUUGCUACACCAAUAUUUGGGAAAUCAAUGCCUAGAGACAGAUUUCUACAAAUAUUGCGUGCUCUUCAUUUUGCUGAUAAUUCUACUAAACCAAAAAAUGAUGAAAACUAUGACAGGCUAUGGAAAUUGCGUGAUGUGUUUAACCUAAUAAACGAUUCUUUCAAAAAAUAUUACUCUCCUACUGAAGAAUUGUCAAUAGAUGAAGUUAUUGUGAAAUUUAAAGGGAGAGUAAUAUUUAAGCAAUAUAUGCCUAAAAAGCGAAAGCAAUGGGGUAUAAAAAUGUACAAAAUUGCCGAUAAGGAAGGUUUUACUUAUGAUAUGCAAGUUUAUUUGGGUAAAGACAAAAACAAACAAGCUCCAUCCUUACCUGCAUCUUAUAACGUUGUGAACAAUCUAGCAAAUUCUGUUAAAGGAAAAGGUCACAAACUUUACAUGGAUAACUUUUUUUCUUCUCCAGAUUUAUUUUCAGAUAUGCUGAAAAACUAUAAAGUAAAUUGUUGUGGGACUGUCAGGGCAAAUAGGAAAAAUUUUCCCAAAUUUGCUCAAAAUAAAAAAUCAAAAUCUGUAGAAAGUCAAAUUCUUUAUUGUGAGGAAGGAAUGGUAGCCGUAUGUUAUCAUGACAAGCGAGAUGUUUAUCUCCUAAGUAAUAUUCAUGAGCCUCACGCAGCUCUAGAGCAUGAUGAUACUAAAAAGCCAAAAAUUGUCGCUGAUUAUACGGAGCAUAUGGGUUUUGUCGAUUUGAGUGAUCGAAUGGCUAAUUCAUAUUCCUUCGGUCAAAAGUUAUCGGUGGAAAAACCCAUCAACAAUAUAGAAUGA